AUGCGAGCGAUCGCUUGUGGCAAUGAACGAGGCACUCAAAAUUUUAUAAAAUUUGGUGCCGACGUCAAUACUGUCUGCGGGACUUCUUUCCUGCGCGCGACCGAAUUUCCGAUCUCACCUUGGUUUGAGAAGCAGACGCCACUCAACAUCGCAGCCAACAUAGGAAAUAACGCACUGGUUAUAAUGUUGCUAGACCACGGGGCCGCAGUCAAUGGAGUGGCGCAAGAAUCCAUGAGUCGUCAUAGCAAGCAAACCCAACCGGCUGUCAUGGAUGCUAUGUUAUCCGGACAUGAGAGCACUGUUCGAAUUCUUCUGGAGCGUGGGUCAGAUCUUCAAGGAACUCAUAUGUGGGCCGGUGGACUGGUCAGCUGCGCGGUGCAAACCGGACACUUAGGAAUGCUCAAGCUUCUGGUGGAGUUCGGGGCAGAUAUGAACGUUCCAUAUGGUGGCGUGUAUCCUUUAUACAGAGCAGUGUCUUCUCGGGCACUAUCGACUGAUAUCGUGCGGUUCCUACUAGAUCAUGGCGCAGAAAUUGCCUCUUUUGAUGAUACUCAGGGUCGGCUUAUGAAUGUCGUGAUCAGCUGUGGGACCAUCGACACUGCUCGGCUACUCCUAGAACGCGGAGCCGUAUACACCCCAGAUAGACGCAGCUCCGUUAUCUCCAUCGCCACGCUUGAUACAAUCCGUCUGCUGAUUGAAUACGGCAUGAAACCUGAUGUUGAAUCGCUCAAAAGGGCCAUAAAAAGCCAUCGGCUUUAUGUGGUGCAGUUUCUCCUUGAAGCGGAUGUGGAUCUGAAUACCAGAGACGCCCGAGGAUCUACAGUCCUGCAUUUUGCAGUAACGUGCUGCUGCUCUGGGGGAUCCCCGAUAGGGAGAUGUCGACGCCCGACACGCGGGCAGCUUUUGCGCCGUAUAGAAGUCGUCUCCCCACAAAACGUAUCUGACUCGUGCAGAAAAUUGGACACCAAGAAAGAUGAUCCGGUAGACAUUCUGCGCUAUUUGAUUCAAAUGGGGGCGGAUGUCAAUGCCGUGGAUUGGCGAGGUCACACCCCGCUGUACACGGCCCGGAGAUAUGCACCGGCAGUGGAGCAGAUACUUCUAGACUAUGGUGCCCUUUCGGAGAGGCCUUCUCUGAAGGAGGUACAGAGUGAUACUCCUUCUCUCAUUUGA